AUGGCUAACCAACACAAUGAUAGGGAUGAGUUGGCAUUGAUGGCCGGUUACGGUGCAGUAACCCAUACCCAGUACAGUAAUAGACUACGUAUGGGUUAUAUUAGGAUUAAGGCAGCUGUAAAUAAUAGGAUAGACUAUUGGCGGCAAGCUAUACUCGGCCAACGAUAUCCUCAAUAUAACGGCACCUUUUCAUGUCCGGGUGAUUCUGGUGGUCCAUUGUAUCAGUAUGUAAACGGUAGGGCCGUAUUGAUUGGCAUAAAUCAUGGCCGCACUUUUAGCCGUAGCAAAUGUCAUGAGAUCAAUGAUCGUGUUUUUGGUAUAUUUAAUAGGGUUUCAUAUUUUACUGAAUGGAUUACUGAUACUAUUACUAAAAAUUAA